AUGACAAAAGGAGGUCUCUCAGCUGAGGAAGCCGAAAAGGUCUUGCAACAGAAGCUUGAGGCCCUCAAUGAACCAAUGGAUGAUGAAAAUUACUAUUUCGUUCAAACAUUCACAAUGAAUCUCGAAAAAUCACCAGAAUAUACAGAACAGAAAAAUCAUUCUCAUGAUGAAGAAGCAUUUCAGAAAGCUACACUAGAGGGCGUAUUAAAGGCUCGCGAAUUAUUAGAAAAGAACGAUAUUAAAUAUAUUCGUCCACCAGAUAACUUUGUUGAAAUGUUUAGAGAUGAAAGAGAAAUGGAAAUCGUUCGUCAAAAGUUAAUGGAAGACCAGAGAGCAAUUCAGAUCGCAGAAGCAAAGAGAAAACAGAAACAGAUCGAACAGGCACCAAAAGUGGAGAAUGUACAGAAGAAACCAGGUAUCCUCAUGAAGAAGAAGGUAAGUGCUGCUCAAAGAAAGAAAGAUGCAAAGAAAGCUAUGAGAGCCAAAAGCAAAUAA